AUGACACAGAGCGACUUUGACGAUGAACUUGCGACCGAGCCAGAAGACUUCUUGUUCCAGGACGAAGUAAGAUGCGCUGCAUCGACUGGUAUCAACGUGUUGGUCAUAGGAGCUGGGGUAGGUGGCCUUGCUACCGCUAUCGAAUGCGUUCGCAAAGGACAUUCUGUCAAGAUUCUCGAGAGAUCAAAGAAGGCCAGUGUUGGUGGCGACAUGUUUACGAUUGGCGCAAGUGGGCUCAGGCUUCUGGACAACUAUCCCGGUAUGCUGCGAGAAUACGAUGAGACCUCUAUCCACAAUCUCUGGAUGAGAUACUGCAAAUGGACUGGUGAGCAGCUUGGCGAUACAUUUCCAUUCGCCAAAGGUGCGAAAGGAGCUGAGCAGUACAAGCAUGCCGAUAGGCCUCCCAUGACAACAGCACCUCGGCCCUUGUUUCACGCUAUGCUCUGCCAUCAGCUGGAAAGAUUCGGCAUCAAAGUCCAGUAUGGCAUGAACGUAAGAGAUUUCUACGAGGAUGCUGAACGAGGCGUUGGUGGGGUCGUCACCGAGGAUGGGAGCAAGUUUGAGGCCGACAUCGUCGUUGCAGCUGAUGGCCUCCAUUCCAAGUCUCGAGAUCUCAUUCCAACUGUUGUGGAAGAUGCACAACCCACGGGCCGGACUGUCUUCCGCGGCACCAUACCCCUAGACAUCAUCGAAGCUGACCCAUCCUGGACGAGGCUUUUGGCCUCAAUGGCGAAGAUGCACGCAUGCAAACCCCCAAGAUGGUUCUCUCCAGCCGCUCGUGUCCUGCAACUCGGCGAUGCCGCACAUUCAUUCCUCCCAACAUCUGGCAAUGGCGCUACGCAGGCCAUCGAAGACGCGAUCACAAUCGCAGCAUGUCUCGCACAUGCAGGCAAAGAUCAGGUCACAACAGCAGUCAAGGUCCACAACCUUCUCCGCUCGGAUCGUGUCUCUUGCUGUCAGCUUCUAGGCUUCGCAAACACAUUACGAUUCCAGAAAACAGAUUUCGAAAAAGUCGGAAAAGAUCCUAGCAAAGUUCAACCUAAGCUAUCGAGAUGGAUAUGGGGAUUAGAUGUUGAAGGAUAUGCGAAUGGCAACUAUGCCAAAGCAGCUGCGAGUCUUGUGCCUGGCGGGCCGGUGUUCAAGAACACUAAUAUUCCGCCUAGCCUCACGCCUAGACCGUGGACGAUCGAUGAAAUUGAGAGGAGGCAGAAGGAGGGUAAGGCUGUUGAAUUGGACGGGGAUUGGUCCUGA